AUGGAAGCAAACUUGGUAUCUGACAGCUUCAUAUACUUCACAGAUGGAUCAGUAGACCAGCAGAGACGUGAAUCUGUAUCUGUAGUUAAGGUAGAAAAUUCUAAACUUAAUUGGAGACUCGCAAAACGCUGGUUGAGCUUUACAACAGAGAUGUUGGCCAUCCAAAAGGCUUUGAACCCUAUUGAUGCCCACAAGAACCCUAUUGAUGCACACAAGAACCCUAUUGAUGCCCACAAAAACCCUAUUGAUGCCCACAAGAACCCUAUUGAUGCCCACAAGAACCCUAUUGAUGCCCACAAAAACCCUAAUGAUGCCCACAAGAACCGUAUUGAUGCCCACAAAAUCCCUAAUGAUGCCCACAAGAACCCUAUUGAUGCCCACAAGAACCCUAUUGAUGCCCACAAAAACCCUAAUGAUGCCCACAAGAACCCUAUUGAUGCCCACAAAAACCCUAAUGAUGCCCACAAGAGCCCUAUUGAUGCCCACGAAAACCCUAAUGAUGCCCACAAGAACCCUAUUGAUGCCCACAAGAACCCUAUUAAUGCCCACACGAAUCCUAUUGAUGCACACAAGAACCCUAUUAAUGCCCACAAAAACCCUAAUGAUGCCCACAAGAACCCUAUUGAUGCCCACAAGAACCCUAUUGAUGCCCACAAGAACCCUAUUAAUGCCCACACGAAUCCUAUUGAUGCACACAAGAACCCUAUUAAUUCCCACAAAAACCCUAAUGAUGCCCACAAAAACCCUAAUGAUGCCAACAAGGGCAUUAUUGAUGCCCUCUAG